AUGCUACCACUAUUGCUCCGAGGAAGUCUCCUGUUGACCGCUGCUUCUGCGGCCUUCGUGGGUCUGGGGACAACCGCAUACAAGCCAUACUGCUGUACUGCCUGCCGAGCUUCUCUUGCUGCUGCAACGCUCGCCUGUACACCUCAUCAUCAUGGAGGAGCUCAUUCUCAUGGUGCAACGACGCCGCCUGACUGCUAUGCUAGCGAUGAAGCAUUUCUCACUAGCCUAGCGUACUGUCUCAACGUGACUUGUACUGACCAGGAACAACUGCCAAUCUGGGAGCUGGAAAAGUGGUGGGCGCAGAAGGUCACCGAAAACCCGACUGUGCCCCCAACCUUACUUUAUACCCAGGCACUCGGUUUGAUUGGUGUACCCCCACAAGGAGAGUACAGUGCAGGUCUCACUCUCAACACUACGAUGCGACCCAAUUCUGCAGCACUGGCUAUGUAUCGGAAUUUCUACCCAAUAUUUGAGGAGAACUCCAGUCUGCUCAAUCGAUAUAGUCUUGUCGUCCUCGUGGUUGGAUUUGCCACACCAGUACUCGUAAGCUGGGCUGGUUAUGCUCCCUUCAUGGCAGACCUGUACGCAAAAGCGACCCCUUGGUUAGUGUACCCUUCCAUCUUUGGACGCUACCACGCUCGACCGCUACCUUGGCUUUUGGGGAAUGCACCCACGAUGGGCCAGUUUCAGUACAUUGCCAUGUUCUUCGUCCUCAACUUGGUUCUCAGUUCAGUCAGCUACACUUCUGCCCAACCGCAUCCAUGGGGCUACAACAAGGCUCAAGAGAUCAACGCAUAUAUUGGCUACCGGACUGGAGAGUUCGGAUAUGCUAUCCUGCCACUAACGAUUCUCUUCUCGGGUAGGAACAAUAUUCUGCUGUGGUUGACGAACUGGAGCCACGGGACAUUUCUGAUAUUGCACCGCUGGGUUGCCAGACUGUUCAUCCUACUUGCCAUCGUGCAUUCUUUGACUCUUCUGAUCGCUUACAAGGGCUCCGGGAUAUACGCCAUGAACUUCCCACAAGCCUACUUCUCCUGGGGCAUCGUUGGCACAGUACUUGCCGUUGUAAUGCUCUUCUCCAACAGUCUUUGGCUCAGAAGGUGGUCAUAUGAGGUCUUCCUCAUUCAACACAUCCUCUUUGUGGUGAUCCUUAUCGUCGCGUGUUGGUAUCAUGUUAUUCUGCGUUUCGGAAAAAAGGGAUCCCACGAGUACUGGCUCUACGCUGCAAUAGCGGUGUGGGUCUUUGACCGCCUCAUGCGCAUUGUUCGCAUUAUCAAAAAUAGGGCUCGCUACGCCACUGUGACAGACGUAGGGCAAGGUCAUGUACGAGUAGACAUUCCAGGAGUCCGCUGGGGUACUGCUCCUGGAAUUCACGCUUAUGUGCACUUCCCUACGAUCACAUCACUCAGACCGUGGGAAAAUCAUCCAUUUUCUGUUAACUCAACCGCGCAUCUAUCCUCGUGGAGAAAACAUGACGUGCCGACUAGUGCUACGGUACACGAAACCAGUUCUUCAGAAAACUCAGAGAAACAUGGGGGACAACAGCCCAGUGUAACCAGCGCCGUUGACACGCCAAUCCAGACCACAAUAGGUAUCAGUCUAUUCAUCAAGAAAAAUACCGGCAUGACCAAGCAUCUCAAGAAUCACUCGAAGCUUCUGACCUUUCUGGACGGCCCGUACCCCAAAUACUCUUCCAAGUCACUACUUGAUUGUGACAGAGUCAUCCUGAUCGGUGGUGGCAUCGGGAUCACUGGCUUACUCGCCUGGUUGAAUGUACACCCCAACGUGAGAUUGACCUGGAGCAUGAAAGAAACUUCGAGCGCACUAGUGAACGAGCUGCAAUCUGCACUUCAUGGCGUUGGGCAGAAGGACAUACUCAUCAACCAGAGAAUUGAUGUUGAGAGCUUGUUGUUCGCGGAAGUUCAAGCUGGCUACAAGAGCAUUGGUGUCGUGGUGUGUGGCCCAGGCGGUCUUUGCGAUGAUGUCCGUGCCGUGGUGGCCAGACUCGGAAGGCAUGAGAAGACCAUUUUCGAGUUGGAGGUGGACACUUUUUCCUGGUAA